AUGGAGGAGGACCGUGCUGCAAAGGCCGCUCGAGCACGCGCUCUGCUAAACAAGCGAAAAGCUGCUCAACGAGUCACAGCACCAUCCACCAACACGCCCUCUGAGCCUCCAAGUGCUCAUCCAAGCCCGCCUCCAUCGACCUAUGCGCCAUCUGUAGGAAACCCAGGAUCACCCCAGCAAUCCACUGCACAGCUACAGGAAGAAGUUACUCCCAGUGCGCCAGCUGCACCAUCACAACCUGCCACGCCCGAGUCAAGACGAAAUUCGCGUUCAAAUGGCCACGAUCCUUAUGCAGCACUCGUUGCAACUCGUGCACGCUCGCCGCUGUCAUCACCUCAAAAUGACGACCCACAACUACCGUGGCUCGUCCAGAAUCAGCAACAAACAAUUGCAUUACUCGUCUCUGAAAAGGCAUCGCUUGCGGCUGCGCUGGAAAGAUUAGAAGGACUGGACGAAAAGUAUGGUUCCGUAUCGGGUCAAUUAGAAGCCAGCAAACGAGCCGCACAGACACUCGAAGAGCGCUCUCGGGAUCUCGAAGUCGAGCUCUCAAAAGCACAAAAGCUCAAUGAACAACUGACGAUCAAGGAAAAGAAUACGAGUGAUACUCUACGACAAAAAGAACGGGAUUUGGACCUGGCCCGCAAAGAGAUUUCGGAUCUACAUGAGAAAUCCAAUCGACUUGAAUUGACGCUGAGGGAUCUUCGAGAGCAGAUCGAAGCCGACGACAGAGUCGACAGACUCGAGGCGUCACUCAAGAGCCUCCAAGAUCGCUCAAACUCGUUGGAAUCGCAGUUAGCCAAAACCAAACAAAGUCUUGCACAGACCAAGGCGGAAAAGGAGACUUUGUCCGCCAAAGUCACCGACCUGCAGACCAGCGAACGGGCAUCAAAGACGGAAUGCGAUACCCUCAAAUCCCAGCUUGCAGAUGUUCAGUCCAAGUUUGAUGCCUUGACUGCCGAGCAUUCCUCGCUACGGGCCGCCCAUGAGGAGCUGGCCACGCAAUCAAAAAAGCACAACGAAAGUGUCGCAGAGCUGAACAGAAAGGUCUCUGUUGAGCAUGGCAAGUCGGCGAUGCAAGAGAAGAAGAUUAAGACGCUCCAGGCAGAGGUUGCUGCUGCCAAUCGACGAGCAGACGAGGCAGAGCACGCGCACAAGGGCUUGCAGAAUGAAAAUGUAGGCCUUAUGGCAUCUCUCAACGAAAUGCGGCCGAGGGUCAUGCAGCUCACCGAGGAAAAAUUCGAUCUGACGGAAAAGAUUUCGAGGCUGGAAGAAGAUCGCAACGAAAUGGAAGAGGUCAUUUCCAAAAUGGAGAAUGCUGCAGAGGAAGCUCGGGCCCGGUAUGAGCAUUUAGAGGCUGAAAAGGCCGAAUUGCAAGCCGCUCGGGAGCGGGAUCGGGAAGGUGCAGACCAGGACUUGGAGCGGUUACAGCAGGCGCUCUCACGAACAGAAGAAGAACUCGAUACGGCCAUCAAAAGCGUACGUGAUCUAGAGUCGGAGAGAGCAAUACAUCGGCAGGCGGUCGAGCGGUAUCAACUCGAGAUGGACAAGCUGGACGACGAGUUGGCGAUGAUCCGAGCGCAAUAUACGACGUUGCAGGAUAACCUCGCCGCGUCGCAAAAUGCUCGGGAACACGACGCGGCCAUCCUCGAAGAGUCGCAUGGAGUCGUCGAGCGGGCCAACGCAGAAGUCGAGUCUCUGCGCAAUGAAUUGCUGGCCAAAGAGGAAGAAAUUGAGCGUCUCAAGUCGUCCAAUAUUUCCUCUUCUGCGCAGUCUACAAUACCGGGUGAGGGUGAUGCUUCUCGCGGUCCUGGUCCUGGGCAUCAUCAGCGGACCGGCUCCCUCGACAAGGAAAUGUUCGAGUCUGAAGGCACAUUCGAGCUGUCGACGGCACGAUCCAAAAUACGGAUGCUGGAGACGACAGUGUUCCAAGAGCAAGCCAAAGUGCACAACCUCAGAAAGCAAAUCAGCUCGUUGGAGGAAGAGCUGCAUCGGGUUCGACGGACAUCGCGGUCGCAGCAGCUGACGCCGUCCUACUCCAAUUCGCCUGCACCAGGACUUGCAAAGGAACUGCCCGGCGAAAUGGCGUUGGAUUCCGCACUUCCUCCAGACAUUCGGCACAAACGCAAGAUUAGCUUGGGUAUGUUGCGCGCGCGUAUACACAGUGAAACAAAUGGACAGCUGCAUUCACAUUCCUCGCCGCGACCCCUCGCUGCGCGGAGACUAUCGUCCAAUUUGGGCAUUACACAUGAAGAAAGUGGGUCCGAGGCAGGUGUCGACGAGAGUAUGCCAGCACGGUCGGCCAUGGCCCCCCCUGUUCCGGCCAAACGCAUGGAUCGACCGCGACCGCAAUUCUUGGACGACUCGCACGUAUUUUGGUGUAGCUGCUGCCGUGGAGAGGUCGUAGUGCUAUAG